GCGCGAACUGAGCGCACGCGUCCCCGUCUUCCCCUUUCGCUAUCGCAUCGUACCCGAUUCCGUAAUUAACAUAAAUUGAAAUUAAUUAAUAGAGCAUUAUUGGUGUGUUGUGUGCCUCGAACUGGAUUUGAUCGUGCUCUGUGCUACCCUGUGGACUAUUACAAUAUUGUACCGGUUUUCAGUGACUGUAUGAUUAUUUAAUAACUGCUCGCAUCUUUAACGUGAAUGGACUUUUACUGAAAAUUAACUUCAUUUCUUCGAUACAAGGAUUUUUUUGGUUACUUUGAGCACAUGAUCUCAAGUAUCGCGACAUUAUAACAUCAAGCUGCCCUGCCCGCAAUUAGAUCUCCUGUGGCGUAUACAUGAGAUGUUAUGGGCUCCUGCGUAGCGAAGUGGCGCUGGUGGGUGGUAGUGGUGGCAUGGGCGUGGGGCGCCACAGCUCGCACGCUAUGCCCUGCGCGCUGCGCCUGCGACGACGCGCUGCGCGCCGCCUCCUGCGCCAACGCCAGCCUGGAGAUUGUACCCAUACAACUGAACCCAGAAGCCACACACAUCAACCUAACACACAAUGCUAUCGACAACCUUCUCUACACUUUUGGCUUCUACACGCAGCUUACUGUCCUCGACAUUUCCUACAACAGAAUUGUAGACUUAGGUAGUAGAAACUUCGAAAACAACAUGGAAAUGACUCAUCUUAAUUUGAGCCAUAAUUUUCUAAAACGCUUAGAUAAGGACACAUUUAUUGGACUGAAAAGUCUUGUCGACUUAAACCUAGCAAACAAUGAAAUAACAAACAUUCAUGUGCAGACAUUUAAAGACUUAACUGCACUAGAGAGGUUAGAUUUGUCUAACAAUAAACUAGUGAAGUUUGAGCCGGAUACUUUCAAGCCUUUGAUGUCACUGAAGAUUAUAUCACUCAAAAACAAUUCUAUAUUAGACAUUCCGUCUAAUAAUCUUGCAUUCAUAUUGCAUUUAGAAGUUCUAGACUUAUCAGAGAACUUAAUAGAACAAGUACCAAAGCAUGGUAUACCAUAUUUGCAGGAAUUGAAACAUUUAGACAUGAACAACAAUUUAAUUGAAAGUGUGGAUCAGUUAGGAUUCCACAACUUACCGUCGCUGCGGCACCUGGAUCUGAGUGAUAACAACAUGACAUCAAUCCCGACGUCGGCUCUGUCUAAACUAUCAAACUUGUCCCAUUUGUACCUAAGUGGAAACUUUUUUCAAAAUGUUACGGCGCUAUCGUUCCAAAGUCUCUUCCAUUUAAAACAUUUACACUUGAGUAGACUUUAUGAAUUGGAGAGAAUUGACUCAAGAGCUUUUGUGGACAAUAUAAACUUGCAAAAAAUAUGGAUGAACGAGAAUGUCAAAGUUGGUGAAGUCCCGCCCAGAUUAUUUCAUGGCAACCCGAAGCUGACCCACAUUUAUAUGAAAAAUAACGCAUUAGUGGCUCUUGAAGCGUCACAUUUCCCAAUAGACAGACUGCAAGAACUUGAAAUUGCUGGGAAUCCCUUCGCAUGCAAUUGUUCUUUGCUGUGGUUGUGGAAACUUGGACGAGAGAGUGAAAUCAGUAGCAGGAAGUCUGGGAACUCAAGUUCCAUUCUUAAAAUAGACUAUGAGGAUGUGAAGUGUGCUGCUCCAGCACAUUUAAAGGGUGUCCUCUUUGUACAGAUUCCGGAGUCGGAAUUUGGGUGCUCGAGUGGAUGGGUGAUAGUAGCGGUAGUAGUGCUUACUGUGAGUAUCGUUAUAAGCGUGGUUGGUGGUGUUUUGUACUUCAUGGGACCCUUGAAGAAGUGUAAAGGGGAUAAGUCAAAACAAGUCAUGACGAGUGUCAUGAUGAAUGGUGAUGUGUCAAAAUUAGGCAAUGGAUUAGGUUACUCAACGAGAAGUAGGGAGCAGGACGCCAAAAGAGACGUUGACCGAUAUCUAAUGAUUGGGUCCUCAGUGAGUAAUAACUUUCAUUCGCUGAAUCCUCCAUGGCAUAGUGUGGAUAAGAAUCCUUACUACCAGGAGGACAGUGAGGAGCACAUCUACCAGCAGUUUGCCUAUGAGACGAUUCCUCAUCACAGAACGCCCGAGAAACCACACAUAGUGUACGUCUAACAUAAGUUGUGCGCAAAGGACAAUAUCGCGGGUAUAUUUUCUUUGCUAAGUUAUACGAACGAAGUUGUGUACUGUCGUCAAAAUGACGAGGAACAUUGAAUUUGCAAUAAUGUAUAUAGUGAUAUGAAUAAAAUGUAAUAUGUGAUAGCUUUGUAUAUAGACGUGUAAAUAUAUUACUCAGUGCAGAUAAAGACAUUACUUUAUAGACAUUUUCGAUUUUGUACUUACUUACUUAUUUAGUCAUGUUUAUACCUAAUAUUGAUUCACCUGUAUGUAGUGUGAACGUUUAUUUGUUUUAUUUACUAGUUCCUCAGAUAUAUGGGUACUCGAUUACUUUAAGUGCUUUGUAAAAUUCUUUAAGAUGUUCAAUAAAAAAUGAAUAUUAUAUUCAUGUGUAAUAUUAAAGUAUACAUUAUAUAUUUUCAGAAUUGAAAACACCAAUACUUAAUGAAAACUUUGUACAAAUAUGAGCAAUAUAGAAUAAUUUGAAAUGUUAUGUCGUUAAUUUAAUUCGAUACAUUGUUAUAGCAUACUUAUUAUUAGUUGUACUUAGAGAUGAAUCUUUUUAACAGUAAAUGCUAAGAACAUUAAUUACCUAUCUACAUAAAUAAAUAGAUUAUACAAUAAACCAGUUGCUCUGAUGAUGAGGGGUACAAAAUACAGUUUAAUUGGCUUUACAAAAUGAUUUCUAUGAAAAAUUAUUUCAAUAACAUUCUGUUGAUAGAUAUUCUCAAAUUAAUAUUUUUGUACUUAGUGAAUACGUGAAUACGUGUUGGUUCUGAAAGUUUUUGGUUUCAUGUUUGAUAGGUUUCGAUGCAGUUUCUGCAUAUAAACUAGAAAAUAUUGAGAUGACUUUAAAAUCGACAAAUCUAUGACUGUUUUGUUAUUUUAUCGACAUACUUCGACAUUAACAAGUAACGAUAAACAUGAGAACUUCAAAUGAGAUGGGUCGACUGUUUUCUGAAUUUUUGAUUGGGUAGAGUGAUAUUGAGACUUUGACUUAAAUUUUUUGACAAGUGCUAGCCAUUUUUUUUGGAAAAUUACCUUUGUUGUAUCAACAGACAGGAAAUAUAAAUGUCAUUUGGUUCACAAAGAAAGAUUGUCUGAAGUAUGUUGAGCAAAAAAUAAAACUAGAGAUUAUUUCUACUGACUAUAAUACGCCUAAGCAAAAUACAUACAAUAUAUGUAUGGAGAAAAUAAUUUUCAUUCUGUUAAUUGUGAUUAUACUAUUUGUUUAUAAGUUAUUGUAAAAUUCCUUGAUUGUGUACAUUGUUUUUAAUAAAAUCCUUGUUUAUAUUGUUAAGCAGAAAGCGCACUAGGUGGCUGAAUUAUUGACCAUUGGUUGUGUCUUCAAAAUGUCAAAUAUAAACGGCUGACUAGUGCGUUGUGCCUUAUACCUUAAAUAUACUACAAAUUUCAGAUUGUGUUCUGUUGAAAAAUCUAAAUUAUUUAAAUAGAAAAAGUUUAAAACACAAGCUGAAAUCGCCAGUAUUUUAAGGGCUUAAAACCCAGAUUACUUCACAAAGGAGAGAUGUGACUGUUCGUACCAAAAACUUUUAGAUCCAACGAUUUAAAUUGUUCUAGCUGAAAUAAUCACUGCAAUUAUAAUAAUUUUUAUACAAUACAUACAUACAUAUAAAAAUAUAUCUAAGACGAAUUUCAUAAAGAUAUAUCCGCUUCAUAACCAAACCUAUUCAGUCGGUACCUACAGUAACGAUAGUUUAAGGCUAUUUAUACAUACUACUUAAAAAAACCUUUUGUUAUGAAACUUAUUUAAAUAUAUAAUGCAUUAAAACAAACGACAAAU